GCGCGUCGACCUCCCUACGGUGCGGACCGGGUCCCGCGACAACGCGGAGCAGCGCAACGGCAGACUCAACACCUUGCCUCCCCGGUGCUGGGGGGGAACCCUCUCAGGCGUUUCACCACUUCGUGCGUGCGCUGCCGGGCUACACUGGUGCCACAUCUCCUUGGCUGCUUCAGGACGCUUUGCGCUUGUCUGCACAGCUGAAAACUGCAGGCAUUCCAGUCGCGAUGGCUCUUAAUCGACGACCGGACGAUUGGGCAGAGGUCCGACAUCGAUACGCACUUUGGAUCCGAGCCCAUCUUCAGCCCGGCAUAGACAUGGUGGAGCUCAACCGCAAGGUACUGGAUCGACAAGCAUCGAGCACUCGACCUGGCGCAGUUCGGCCGGCGAAACAGGCGCGGCUGCCCGAUGCGGCCACCGCCUUUCAGGAUACGAAUCGCGCCCUGAAGAUCCGGAAGUAUUGGCUGCACUUGAUCUUGACCGGAGAGAAAGUCAUAGAAGCGCGCGGGAGCAAAUGCGCUCACGUCGGAAGAGUGACUCUGAUGGAGACCGGCUCUGCCUUGCUUCGUGCUCGAGUGACGAUCACGGAGUCUCACCGUAUGACGGACGCAGAGAUCCAGGAACAUCACGAAGCAGUUUCGGCACUGAACUAUUCCCAGUACUGGGCUUGGUCUCUGGCCGAUGUGGAAGUUUUGCAGCCACCGAUUGCGGCGCCGUCCAUCGUCGCCCGCGGCUCCGUGACUUGGAUGUGCCGCGAGCGCUGGGAAGCUUGGGACGCAGGACAACUGGCGGCACCGCAGACGCUGCCGCAAUCUUUCCAUAGAUCUGGACGGUCGCGAAGCCCACCACCUGCGACUGAGGAGGCGGAGAACAUCGACUGA